CUACUACUCCCUCCAUGUAUCUAUGUGGCCAAUGCAAACUAAGCAAAACUUGUUGUCAAUUUUACCAAUUUCAUUUUAUUCUUUGAUGCUUAUUCUACCUCAUUUAUUCACCAUCCAAAUCACAUUUCCUUGUUCAUCAUCCAAAAAAGGAAAGAAAAUAACAAAAUAAUCCAACCAAAAAAUUAAAAAAAAAAAAGAAAAAAGAAAAAAGAAGAGAGAGAUAGAAAGAAAGAAAGAUCAAUUCCAACAAAACAUAAACACAUAGACAUUGAAAUCCAAGAAACUCAAAUCUUCCAAAAAGUCAUUAAAAUUGUUUGGCAUCAAGACAAUUUGAGGGAGUAGGUGCCGUUUCAUUUGCUAUAUACACAAUAUAGCUAAUGGGUGUGCGCGUGGGCAGGCUUCUGCGCGCACAAUCCCCAGAAACAUUCUUCUUUGCCAUCUUCUUCCUCACAUCAUGGACAAUCAUCGCCUCAUUUUCAUCGUUGGCCUCCGGUUCCCCGGACGCCAUUGACGCCUUAAUGCGGUUCAAGAACUCCUUAUCCAACAGCAAAUCUUUGGCCAAUUGGGACCCAAACAAGAGCACACCAUGCAACGGUCAUAGGGCAAAUUGGAUAGGCGUCCUUUGCUUCAAUGGAAAAGUUCGCGGGCUUCAGCUCGAGAACAUGGGGCUUAAAGGGGUGGCGGACGUAGAUUUGCUGGUGUCGUUGCCUCAUUUUAAGACCCUGAGCUUCAUGAACAACACGCUGGCCGGGCCAAUCCCUGACUUGAAGCGGCUCAGCACUCUAAGGUCGGUUUACUUGUCUUACAAUCAUUUUUCUGGUGAGAUACCAGAUGAUGUAUUCGUUGGUAUGAGGUUUCUCAAGAAGGUUUUGCUGUCCAACAAUGAGUUUCAAGGGAAGAUCCCUUCGUCCCUUGCCACUUUACCUAAACUUGUUGUGUUGAGGCUUGAUGGCAACAAGUUUAAUGGCCUGAUUCCAAAUUUUACUCAGACUACCUUAAAGACAAUUAGUUUGGCCAAUAAUGAAUUGGAAGGUCUUAUUCCCGAAAGCCUUAGAAAGGUUGAUCCAAAUGAAUUUGCAGGUAAUAAAAAUCUCUGUGGACCUCCUCUAGGCUCAUGCAUAGACCCAUCAUCAUCAUCGACCAUGGAUAACGUCACUUUGUCACCUCCUCACACUAGUGAUAUCUACAAAAAGAAUUCACACCUUCUAAAAUUCGUGCUAAUUAUACUCAUCAUAGUCCUCAUAUUGGUAAUUUUUAUUUCGGCUAUCAUCAUAGCUUGCUCCAAUAAUCGAAGAAGAUCACCAAUGUUACUAGAUAGGACUAGCUCAACGAUGAGCAUAUCUCAUUGUCACCGCAACUCAGUUGUUAUGAGAUCACUAGAAAACAACCAAAUGGAUACAAAACUGGACGCUGUAGCGGCGGCCAAAGCGAAUAAUGGCCACGCCACCAAGAGAUCAUCGGUAGUGGCCGGAGAAGGGAGAUUGACGUUUUUGAAGGAUACCAGGGAAAGAUUCGAUUUGCCUGAUUUGCUAAAAGCGUCGGCUGAGAUAUUGGGGAGCGGUACUUUUGGUGCUUCGUACAAGGCAACCAUUCAUUGUGAUGCCAUGGUUGUGAAAAGGUAUAGGCAAAUGAACAGUUUAGGAAGAGAUGAGUUUCAUGAGCACAUGAGGAGGCUAGGGAGAUUGGCCCAUCCAAACUUGCUUCCUCUUGUGGCUUAUUACUAUAGAAAAGAAGAGAAGCUCUUGGUUUAUGACUUUGUGGAGAAUGGGAGCUUGGCUUUUCAUCUUCAUGGAAAUCAUCGUAAUUCAAAGCAAUCAGCGCUGGAUUGGCCAACGAGGCUUAGAAUCAUAAAAGGCACAGUCAAAGGCUUGCAAUACCUCUACAAAACCCUACCAAACCUGGUGGUACCUCAUGGCCAUCUUAAGUCCUCCAACGUGGUCUUAGGUGAGAACUUCGAGCCCUUAAUGACAGACUACGGCCUACUCCCGGCCAUAAACUUAGACCACGCGGAGUACCUCAUGAUGGCUUACAAGUCCCCGGAGUACGCCAAGCUGCGGCGCAUCACCAAGAAGACCGACGUGUGGAGUCUAGGAAUACUAAUACUCGAAAUACUAACGGGAAAGUUCCCGGAGAACUACCUAACGCAGCGAUACGACCCCGAGGCUGACCUCGCGAGUUGGGUGAACAAGAUGAUCAAGGAGAAGAGGACGAGCCAAGUUUUUGAUGAGGAGAUGAAAGGUGUCAAGAACAGUAAGGCUGAGCUUCUAAAGCUUUUGAAGAUUGGUGUGAGUUGUUGUGAGGAGGAUUUGGACAUGAGAAUGGAUUUGAAUGAGGCUUUUGAGAAGAUUGAGGAACUCAAUCAUCAUGAUUGUCUUGAUGAUGAUGAUCAUGAUAAUCAUAAUAAUGCAGGAGAUCAUCAUCAUCUGUUUUCUCCCAUUGUUGUUAGUGGAAGAAAAUUGUCAUCAGAUCAAGAAGAUAGUUACAUUUCCAGAGCUAUGUAAUGAUGAUGAGAAAUAUUUGAGAUGAGAUGAUGAUCUGUCUAGCUAGCUUUCUAUAUCCAAUGAUGUUUUAAUUUGAAGUUUUUCUCAUAUAUGUAUAAUACAUUGGAUUAAAGUACUUUUGAAGAUA